AUAAGAUUUCACCAGUACAUACAGGCGCAGGCACUCACUGACCAUGGCAACCAGUUGUUAUAUAGGAAAGCUGACUGACCACCAUGGCCACCAUCAGUGCUAGGAAGGAGGACUGACCACCAUGGCCACCAUCAGUGCUAGGAAGGGGGACUGACUAGGGCCACCAUCAGUGCUAGGAAGAGUGUAACUGACCACAGCCCCUUACGGAAAAGGUCCCUUAGCCCACUUGAUUCUAGCAUCUACCCAGCCACCAUCAGUGCUAGGACGGAGGACUGAUCACCAUGGCCACCACCAUCAGUGCUAGGACGGAGGACUGAUCACCAUGGCCACUAUCAGUGCUAGCAAGGGGGACUAACCACGGCCACCAUCAGUGCUAGGAAGGGGGACUAACCACGGCAACCAUUAGUGCUAGGAAGGUGGACUGAAAACCAUGGCCACCAUCAGUGCUAGGAAGGGGACUGACCACAGCCGACAUCAGUGCUAGGAAGGGGGACCGACCACGGCCGCCAUCAGUGCUAGGAAGGGGGACUGACCACCAUGGCCACCAUCAGUGCUAGGAAGAGUGUGACUGACCACGGCCACCAUCAGUGCUAGGAAGGUUGACUAACCACGGCCACCAUCAGUGCUAGGAAGGGGGACUGAAAACCAUGGCCAUCAUCAGUGCUAGGAAGGGGGACUGACCAUGGCCACCAUCAGUGCUAGGAAGAGUGUAAUUGACCACUGCCACCAUCAGUGCUAGGAAGGGUGUGACUGACCAUGGCCACCAUCAGUGCUAGGAAAGGGGACUGACCACCAUGGCCAAUAUCAGUGCUAGGAAGGGGGACUAACCACGGCCACUAUUAGUGCUAGGAAGGUGGACUGAAAACCAUGGCCACCAUCAGUGCUAGGAAGGGGGACUGAAAACCAUGGCCACCAUCAGUGCUAGGAAGGGGGACUAACCACGGCCACCAUCAGUGCUAGGAAGGGUGACUGACCACCACGGCCACCCUCAGUGCUAGGAAGAGUGUAACUAACCACGGCCACCAUCAGUGCUAGGAAGGGUGGGACUGACCAUGGCCACCAUCAGUCCUAGGAAGGGGGACUGACCACCAUGGCCACUAUCAGUGCUAGGAAGGGGGACUGACCACCAUGGCCACUAUCAGUGCUAGGAAGAGUGUGAUUGACCACGGCCACCAUCAGUGCUAGGAACGGUGACUGACCACGGCCACCAUCAGUGCUAGGAAUGGUGACUGACCACGGCCACCAUCAGUGCUAGGAAUGAGGACUGACCACGGCCGCCAUCAGUGCUAGGAAUGGGGACUGACCACGGCCGCCAUCAGUGCUAGGAAAGGGGACCGACCACGGCCGCCAUCAGUGCUAGGAAGGGGGACUAACCACCAUGGCCACUAUCAGUGUAGGAAGAGUGUGACUGACCACGGCCACCAUCAGUGCUAGGAAUGGGGACUGGCCAUGGCCACCAGAGGGUCUGUAGCUGCACUCUAGGCCUCUGCAUGCCUUGCUGGAGCUCUGGUCAUUAGGUCUGCACUGUACAAGGAAUUACCACAAAAAGAUGCUUGUGGCUACUAAGUGGUUAACAAGCCACGUAACGCUGCCCGUGGGAGAAGCAGCUGGUCCUGAGAUCUGCGCCUGCAGCCCUGAGCGUUUGCCCCUGCGACGUGUUGGUCGUCAUAGCGAAGCGGACGCUUACAGGAAACUGUACAAAAUAGCUACUGACCCACUCAAGACUUCCUCCCCUAGAGUUCUGUCCACCAGGCCUGGUCCUAAUGGCCUCUCUACAAGCCUGGACCAGGAUAGCGCCCCACACCCGAGCAGAAGGCGGAGACAGAAUCCUCCACCCUGACUGGACACAGUAGCUGUGUGAUGUCAUAAUGCCGCAGUGUUCCGUGGUCAGGGCAUCGGGCUAGGGGCAGUAGGAGGAGUCCGGGCUCCUGGGAAGAACAGGAGCAUUGGGAUCUGUGACGCACUAUAGCAGCUGCGCAGAGCAGAGGUUACCGCGGAGAAGAGCGGGAUGGAGACAGUGAAUAAGGCCGGCGGCCAAUCAGAAAGCAGGCUGGUGAGAGUAAAGAGGAGAUAUGUCCAACCCAGGACACCCAGCCAGAAGACCAGUUGUGCGACCCUCCAGGACUUACCUGCAGAGUUGAUAGAGAAAAUCAUCUCCCACCUCUCGGUCAGGGACGUUGUGCGGCUUGGAGAGACGUGCCGCUACCUACAUCAGAUGUGUAAUGGCACAAGGAUCUGGAGGGCCCUGUGUGAGAAGACCUUCCCUUGCGUGACAGAGGACACCAACUGGCGGAAAUCAACCAUCCUUAAUUACACGAAGGGCGUGUACUUCCACCCAUUCCUAAGGCGGCAGCGCCUCCAGUCCUCCAACGCGGUGGCCCCUGCCAACUCCCAUGGCUUCCGCCGCUUCUUAAUCACCAAGGACAGUGUGUUCGUCCUGGACUACGCGGGGACGCUCUUCUUCAUCUGCAGGCCCUCGCCAGCCUGUAACCGCAGCCAUGCCAGUGCGCAGUGUAAAUCGUCCUACAUCAGGCUCUGCGAGCGCGUCAAAGAUUUCUCCAGUGACCCGAGGAAUGACGUCGUUUACCGCAAGUAUAUCUACGUGCUUGUAUCGCAAGAGCUGGAGAGGCUGCCGGGCACUGCGCAAGGCUCCGGAGAGUGUGACUGCGUGGAGGUCUACAGACAGAACACGGGACAGAGAGUCUUCAGGAUGACCUUCCAUCCGACCAUGAGGCUCCAACAGCUCGCUCUACUUGGACCGGAGACGGACAGACUGCUGCUGCUACUUUCAGGAGAUGGAAAGGUUUACAGCCUGGAGAUAAAUGAGACGCAGCUGGACCUGCCGAGAUCUUACACCAUCCAGUUGUCCAUCCGCAGAGUGUCCUGGAGUCUGUCAGAUGUCACCGUGGCACAGAUGUGCAGUAAUCAGAGCAGCGUCAUCUACAUCACAGAUCUCGGCGCUGUAUAUCUUGAGGUGUACUCCCCCGCUGUCUACAGAGAUUUAUUUGGGACUCUUCAGGGCUUCGACGUCCGGGACCAGCAGAUGCCGCUGACGAUACCACUUCCAAGCAAGGUGGUGCAGUGCUCGCUCGGGUACAGCCACCUGGCAUUGGUGGAUGAGUUUGGGAGAAUAUUCAUGCAAGGAAACAACCGCUUCGGGCAACUGGGCACCUGGGACAAGAUCGAUAGAGCAGAACCCAGUCAGGUCCAUUACUUAAACAACCCGGUCGAUAUAUUUUGUGGCCUGAACCAUACGUUAGUUCUCGUGUCCCGUGAGGACUUUAUCAAGGAAAUAUACGGCUGUGGAUGCGGAGCAGGUGGACGCCUUCCUGGAUGGCCCAAAGGGAGCCCAUCGUUCGUCAAGCUGCUUAUGAAGGUUCCCGUCUGUGCCCGGGGCAUCUGCCCCACGCGAGACCAACUGUACAUCCUGUCCUGUUACGACACGGAGGACGACAUUGAGCACCGGUACAGACGCUGUAAGUCCUCGGACGCUGAGAUGAAAGAGGAAGACGCGCAGGCCUGCGAGGACGGCCUGAACCAGCUGCGGCGCUGCGCCAGCGUCCCGGAGAGAGUGACCAGGACCAGGGAUCUGGUGGCGCAGAUGCCUCUACUGAGAUUCCAGAAGGAGUGCUUGUGGGAGGCGCUGGGCUUGAUAGAGAGGGCAGCGGAGGGCAGGGAGAGGGCACCGGCUGGGCCGGGCACCCUGCAUCGACUAUGAGAAUAAACUGAUGUUCAGACAACG